AUGGAUGCACAGAACCAAACACAGGGCACAGAGUUCAUCCUCCUCGGGUUCUCCAACCUCCUGGGCCACCAAGUCCACCUUUUCCUUGUGUUCCUUGCUGCCUAUUUGGCCAUACUGACGGGCAACUUCAUGAUCCUAACCCUGGUUCUCCUGGAUUCUCAUCUUCACACCCCCAUGUACUUCUUCCUCAGCCAGCUCUCCAGCUUGGACAUUUGCCUUUCUUCUGUGGUUGUACCAAAGAUCCUGGUGAACCUCCUACACCAGCGGCAGACCAUCUCCUACAACCAAUGCCUGGCACAAGCGUUCUUCCUCAUUGGCUUUGCAGGUUGUGAGCCAGCACUGCUGGCCAUUAUGGCCUAUGACCGCUAUGCGGCCAUCUGCCAGCCUUUGCACUAUGCCCACCUGAUGAGGAACAAGGUGUGCAUCCUGCUGUCUGUGGCCAUUUGGCUCUGGGGCUUCCUGGACUCAGCUGUCUAUAUUGUUCUGGCUUCCAGGUUGGAUUUCUGUGGAAACCACCAGAUUCCUCACAUGUUUUGUGAUGCUCCCCCAUUAUUGAAAAUUGCCUGCAGUGAUAUCUCAGUCAACGAGUUGGUCAGUUAUAUUAACAGCAUCUUUGUGGGCCUCGUCCCUCUUCUCUUCAUCAUCCUGUCCUAUUUCUACAUUUUGGGCUCCAUUCUGCAGAUUCGCUCUAACACCGGCAGGCGCAAAGCCUUCUCCACCUGUGCAUCACACAUUGCUGUGGUGACUCUCUUUGUUGGAAAUGCCUUUGUGAACUACACCCAGCCCAGUGCUGGCUACUCCCUAGAGAUUGACACCCUGAUCUCCACAAUGUUUUGCAUCGUCACCCCCAUGCUGAACCCCUUGAUCUACAGCCUCCGCAACAAGGAGGUGAAGGGGGCCCUGCAGAAGGUUCUCAACUGCCGGAAGACAGCAUAG